CAGAUAUGGAUUAAGCUAUAUCAUAACAACCAAUAUUUCUGCCAAAUUGUGUUAAUCCUGGCAAUCGUGACAUAAUUUACCACUGCUAGAAUAUUAAUUUUUUAUCAUCUCAAACAACAUGAGUAAUACUCAAGAGAAACUUACAUAUCCGAAGCAAAUUUCUGCGAUUCUUGCAAUGUCACUCAUCAAAAAUAUCUGUUUGGUAGGACUACGAACGGCUUUAUUAUCCUACUUGGAGAACGUCAUAAACUACAGCAAAGACGAAGCAUCACUUAUGUAUCACAGCUUUCGAAGCUUUAAUUACUGUUGUCCUUUACUGGGGGCAUUAUUUGCCGAUUGUUUUAUAGGAAAAUUCUAUACAAUUGUCAUUUUCCUAAUUAUUUACCUCAUUGGAACAACAACGAUGACAGGAUCAGCUGUCCAAUAUUCAGAGGACAUUUCGAGACAUCUUUGCCUUUUCGCUCUUGGGUUGAUUGCCGUGGGAAGGGGAUCAAUUAAACCAUGCGUUUUUGCUUUCGGAGGAAACCAAUUUAAAUUACCACAGCAAUAUAAGCAUUUGGAAAUUUUCUUUUUGCUUAUUUACGCUGCGAAGGAUGCAGGAGGCGCAAUUGGCAUUUAUGAAGCACGUUAUCUUUCACGUAUUCAUUGUCUUGGAGCUAAUAGUUGUUACUCCGCCGCUUUUCUAGUAUCCACUCUUUGCCUCACUCUUUCCUUAAUUAUAUUUGUCUCAGCAAAACGUUGGUAUGUCCAUGUAAAACCACAAAAGAACAACAGUAUUCUUUGGGUAUUGUGUUUGGUGAACGGGAUGAAAGGAAAAAUUGUUUCAAAAGAAAAACUAGACCACUGGUUGGACUAUUGUAAAAAAUCGUACGGGGAGUCAUUUGUAAGACAAACAAAAAGUACAUUAAAAGUGGUUUUGAUUUUCAUGGUACUUCAAUGUUAUAUGGCCACUAUUAUGGUAGUUGUAACUGAUUGGAAAACACAAGCACGCUUUAUGCGUAAUGAACAAGGAGAUACAGUUUUUCAACCUAUAACAAUGCUGUUCCUGAAUUAUAUGUUAGCAAUCGCCGCCACUCCGAUAACUUAUUUAAUUAUGUGGUUUUUACGUUCAAAAUUUAACAUCAAUGUUACUCCUCUACGGCGUGUAGCAGUUGGUACAGUUUUUGGAGCGAUAUCUAUGUUUGUAGCAGCCGUUUUAUCUCUAUCUAUAGAAGCCGAAGUUCCAAAUUUGCCAAAAAAUGGGGAGUGUCAUAUCAGAUUUUACAACCCACUCAAUUGUUUAGUUAAAAUAGACGCUCCUCCAUUCAUUAACCAAGUGCAAAUUGAUCCAAUGGGCUACCAAUUCCUCUCAGUUAAAGUAGAAGGUACCAAGAAAAUACAGCAUACGAUUUCUGGAUGUGACAAAACGAUUUCUAACACUACCGGCCCAUUUGUUGUUAAAGAAAAAAUAAGUGUAGGUUAUUUUUUUACAACAAAUGGUCUACAAGGCUUCAAAGAAGAUUUGGAGAAAGAUUACUAUGGAGAUGCAAAAAUAAGAAGUUUAGUUGGAAAUUUAGGGAAGACAGAUGAAAAAAUAAAAUAUAUUUGUGAUCAUGAUCAUGUCACUGAAAUCGGUCCUCAAGAUUAUUCUGUUUAUAAAGUUACUAGUGGUGUUUACAACAUUGGGGGYAUUGAAAAAGCAGCAAGGUUUUUUCGUGGUGGAAUUUAUAGAGUUCUACUGUAUUUCGACAAUAGUAAAUCCAAGAAGUUGGAAGUUCACGAAGUUGGAAAACCACAUCAAUUACAUAUUUUGUGGCAAAUUCCUCAGUACAUGAUCCACGCCAUAAGCAGGGUUCUAGUGAUACCAGCAGUUUUAGAAUUUGCAUAUACACAAACGCCUUUUAAAUCGCUGAAAUGUACCAUCAUUGCAAUUUCAUUAUUGACAUCAGGAGUAGGAGGAAUUAUACAUAUAAUAAUAGAACUGAUCCAUUUUAAACAGUCACACUUCUUUUUUACAUUUGGUGGAUUAACGAUGCUGUUUACACUAAUCUUCAUUCUGUUAGCAGUUAGAUAUAAAUAUGUCGAUCAACAAUAUGGUAAAAAAGAAGAUAUAAUAACUGAAGAUACCGAAAGUAAUGACGAGUAGGACAGUAAAUUUAUUUAUGUCUUUAACAUUUAUCUGUACAGCUUGUUUUUAUUUAAUAUACAGUGAAAGCC